GGCGUGUACAUAUAUGAGCCCUAUACCGGAUUCGCCACUCUGUUCAUCACAUCGUUUGGAUUCAAUGUCACGGUUGUGCUGAUUGUCUUCGCCACCACCUACUCGUAUCUACCUCCCACGCAACACGAGGUGCAGAAGAACGAGUGCAAGGUAUGCCCUAUUUGA